GAGUGGUCCUAUUAGUCUCUCUGAUACGCUCAAAGGAGCCCAAUAAUAUACCAGGAGGUUCCCCUGUUAGUUAGUCGACUAGAAGCUGAAGAGUAGGGGCUUCACCAUGGACCUGUACACAGCAGCCGUCCUCCUGGGAGCCCUGCUCUGCACUGUUAGCAGCACUGAGGUAGACAACUAUGUCAAAACUGAGGGGGCGUGGAUCCUGGCGCUGCAGAAAAGGCAGUAUUCAGUAAACACUGUGGCCGACUGCGCCAUCAAAUGUAAUAGUGAGACCUCCUUCACAUGCAGGUCUUUCAUAUAUGUUGAAAAGGACCAAGAGUGUUGGACAGCUGCCGCAAACACCAAAUCAGAGACCAUCCUGCGAAGAAGCAGCACAGUCCUAUAUGAAAAAAAGCUGUACCUGCUGGAAUGUGUCAAUGGAAUAGGAAGUGAUUACAGAGGAACAAAGAACGAAACUAAAACAGGAAAGACCUGCCAGUCAUGGAAUUCUGUGUUUCCACAUAGGCCAAACAUCACGCCACAGACGCACCCACUAGCAGACCUCGAGUCCAACUUCUGCAGAAACCCUGAUGGAGACGGUGGAGGACCUUGGUGUUACACCACAGACGCCAACACGCGAUGGGAACACUGUGGCGUUGCCGACUGCACCGAGGAGUGUAUACACUGCAGUGGUGAGGACUACAGAGGAAAAACCUCCACCACAGAAAAUGGCUUCACCUGCCAACGCUGGGACUCCCAGAAACCUCACAACCACGGAUACAUCCCCAGCGCUCUUCCAGAGAAGUUUCUGGAACACAAUUAUUGCAGAAACCCUGAUGGAGACCCCCGGCCGUGGUGCUUCACCACCAGCAUAUCCAAGCGAUGGGACUUCUGCUCCAUUCCUCGUUGCACUUCAGAACCUCCCACCAUCGUCCCAGAGCUGAGCUGUGCCACCGGAGAAGGCGGAGCGUACCGAGGAACAGUUGCAGUGACAGAAUCUGGGAAAACGUGCCAGAGCUGGUCGUCUCAGACGCCAAACAAACACAACCGCACCCCAGAGAACUACCCCUGCAAAGGGCUAGACAGCAACUACUGUCGUAAUCCUGACAACGAGAGGAGGCCCUGGUGCUACACCACCGACCCAAACACCCGCUGGGAGUACUGCAGCGUGCCGAGCUGUGGGAAUGCAGAGCGGCCAGGUGACCCAGUGAUCCCCCCCGAGGAGGAGGACUGUUAUGAAGACAACGGGUCCAGUUACCGCGGCAUAACAUCGAAGACCAUCAGUGGAAAGAAAUGUCAGUUCUGGAGCUCCAUGUCUCCACACAGCCAUCAAAAAACUCAAGAUCGAUUCCCCACAGCGGACCUCAGGCUGAACCUGUGCAGGAACCCUGACGGAGACAAGGCUCCUUGGUGUUACACCACCGAUCCCUCUGUGCGCUGGGAGUACUGCAACGUGGCCAAGUGUACCCCCAAACUCCCAGCAGCAGCAGCACCAACCUCCAGGCCUUCUGUCAACCAGGACCCUUCCCCCAGCGCUCAGGCCUCAGCAGAGCCAGGUAAACCAGCUGCGACCACACAGACACUUAGCCUCAUUCCUUAUUCGCUUGUGUUUCUGUCUCUGUCAGACUGUAGGAUUGGAACUGGAGUCACGUACAGAGGCCCAACAUCCAUCACCGCCUCAGGGGUGACGUGCCAGGCCUGGAGUUCUCAGACUCCUCACCAACACAACAGCUUCACCCCAAUUAGUCACCCUGACAAGGGCCUUGAAGGCAACAACUGCAGGAACCCAGACGGUGACGUCAACGGACCCUGGUGCUACACCACCGACAGAAACAAGAAAUGGGAGCACUGUGACAUCCCAGAAUGUGCUCAGUUGGCUUGUGGGACACCAGCUAUCAAACCGAAGCGUUGCUUUGGUCGUAUUGUGGGAGGCUGCGUGUCUAAACCUUAUUCGUGGCCCUGGCAAAUCAGCCUCCGGACCGAUACAGGAAUCCAUUUCUGUGGAGGAACUCUGAUUCACCCUCAGUGGGUCCUGACUGCUGCACACUGCCUGGAGAGGUCCAAGAGGCCUUCAGCCUACAAGGUGCUGCUGGGUGUUUACACAGAGAGAGCCAAUGAGCCGUCCAAACAGGAGAAGAGACUGGUGAAGCUGGUGCUGGGACCCAAUGGAGCUGACAUUGCUCUGCUCAAACUGGAGAGCCCAGCGGUUCUAAAUGAAAAAGUCCAUCCAGCCUGUCUGCCCGACAAAGACUACAUUGUUCCCGCUGGCACAGAGUGUUAUGUGACAGGAUGGGGUGAAACUCAGGGGACGGGAGGGGACGGCAACCUGAAGGAAGCUGGCUUCCCUGUGAUCGAGAACAAGGUGUGUAACCGCCCGUCCUACCUGAACGGCAGAGUCAAGGACCACGAGAUGUGCGCCGGGAACAUCGAGGGCGGCACCGACAGCUGCCAGGGCGACAGUGGAGGCCCCCUGGUGUGUUACGCCCAGAACAGAUACAUCCUGCAGGGGGUCACGUCCUGGGGCUUAGGAUGUGCUAAUGCCAUGAAGCCUGGAGUCUACGCCCGAGUCUCCAAGUUCGUUGACUGGAUCGACACAAACAUUAAAUCAAAUUAAACACCCAACUUCAGCAAAUGUGGAGUUGCCCUAUGCUUUGGAAAGACAGUUCAAGUGCUGUUGUCACACGUCAGUGUGAUGGAAUGCUCUGUGUGAUGUGAUGGAAACAAGGAGCCCAGAUCCACCUGGGUUUACAGUGUCCUCACCUGUACAAGGAAGUGCUGCGUUACAAUCUGUCAUUACUUGUUCAACACAUCAAAUAAGUAAAUAAAUGAAUCUCACCUACAUGAAGUACUGGCA